CGAUACUAAGCAAGCAAAAAUCGCCGUGCUCGGAGGUGUUUCCUUUCAUCACCUCUGGACAUUUCGGUAGUAAAUUUUAUACCUCUACAACGGUGCCAAAUAAUCCUUUCUGGACUCAAACACGCCGUGAUAUCCUUUCACUGGCCGAUCUACAGCCGAUAGACGAUCCGUGUUUUGGUGAAUUUUGUGCAUAGGUUAUUCUAAUUGUGCUAGUCCCUGUGUUUUUGAGUGCUGUUACAAACAAUUGCCAAGGAUGUCCAGUAAGGUGCUAUUGUCUCAGGAUUCUAUCUAUCGGCAGAUCGAGGCCUAUUAUAAAGAGAAUGGUGCUUCAAUCAAUAUCAAAAAACUUUUUGAGGAGGAUGACAUUCGUUUUGAUAAGUUCAGUUUAAAACUAUCCACUCCAGCCGAUGGUGAUAUUUUGCUGGACUACUCAAAGAACCGCAUCACCGAUGAUGCCUGGAAUAUGCUGCUCGAACUGGCCGAGUCACGUGAUGUGGUCAAGACUCGUAAUGAUAUGUUCAGUGGGGAACGCAUAAACAUAACCGAAAAUCGCGCGGUUUUGCAUAUUGCUCUCAGAAACCGCUCAAACAAUCCCAUUCUAGUUGAUGGCAAGGACGUUAUGCCGGAAGUCAACGCCGUCUUGGAUCACAUGAAGCAAUUCACUAAUCAGGUGUUGAAUGGCGUUUGGCGUGGUUACACCAAUAAGAAAAUUAGUGAUGUUGUGAACAUUGGCAUUGGUGGCUCUGAUCUGGGCCCGUUAAUGGUGUCUGAGGCCCUGAAGGCCUACAAUACUGGGAUUCGUUCACAUUUUGUGUCCAAUGUUGAUGGCACUCAUAUAGCUGAGACACUGAAAAAGCUUGAUCCGGAAACAACUCUUUUUAUCAUUGCUUCAAAAACUUUCACAACACAGGAAACUAUUACUAAUGCCACUGCAGCAAAGAACUGGUUUUUGGAGCGUUGUGGAGAAAAGGAAGAUGUUGCCAAACACUUCGUUGCAUUGUCAACAAACAAGGAAAAAGUUGCAGCAUUCGGGAUCGAUACGAGAAACAUGUUCGAGUUCUGGGACUGGGUAGGAGGACGUUACUCACUGUGGUCCGCCAUUGGCCUGUCGAUUUCGUUAUCCAUCGGCUUCGAUAACUUUGAAAAACUGCUGGAAGGUGCCCAUUACAUGGACAAACAUUUCAUGAGCGCUCCAUUGAAUGAAAACGCCCCGGUUAUUUUGGCACUGAUGGGCAUCUGGUACUCGAAUUUCUAUGGAGCCGAAACGCAGGCUCUGCUACCAUACGACCAGUAUUUGCAUCGUUUUGCCGCUUAUUUCCAGCAGGGUGACAUGGAGAGCAACGGUAAGGGAGUUACCAAGGCCGGACAACGGGUUGACUUCAAUACCGGUCCAAUCGUGUGGGGCGAACCCGGAACCAACGGGCAGCAUGCAUUUUACCAGCUGAUUCAUCAGGGCACUCGACUUAUUCCGUGCGACUUCAUUGCUCCGGUCUUCACUCACAACCCGGUGGAGAAUGGUGCCAUGCAUAAGAUUCUACUGGCCAAUUAUCUCGCUCAAACAGAAGCACUCAUGACUGGUAAGACCGAGGAACAAGCCCGUGCCGAACUGGAGAAGGCCGGUUUGUUCGGAGAACAGCUGGAAAAUCUUCUGCCGCAUAAGGUUUUCACUGGUAAUCGUCCGACGAACUCGAUACUGGUCAAGAAAAUUACUCCGUUCACGUUGGGUGCGCUGAUUGCGAUGUAUGAACACAAGAUCUUCACCCAAGGUGUCAUCUGGGAUGUGAAUUCGUUCGAUCAGUGGGGCGUAGAGCUAGGAAAGGCGCUAGCCAAGGCUAUCGAGGCGGAUUUGGCAGAUCCCAACAAAACUACCUCCCACGACACAUCUACCAACGGUCUAAUAAAUUUCAUCAAAAUCAACUGGGAAAAAGUUGACUAAUUCGAAAGUUUAACGAGUAAUAAUACUAUCAACUGAAAAAUUAACAAAAUUAUAUGUGCUGAUUAGAAAACACACAAUAACUAUAAAAGUUGCUUUCAUUGUUAAUUUAAAAAUGGUAUAAACAAGCACAUCAAAACGCAAAUUGGUUAUAUUUCCAUGCAUAGCAGUGUAGACAAAAGCGACGCUUUUGAAAUUUAUUAAAUCACAAAUGUUGAUGAAAACA